GCGAGGCCUCCAUACAGGAGAUGAAGGAUUCACUGGCAGAGGCUAAGGAGAUGUAUCAGCUGGCUAUGGUGUCCAAUGCCCAGCUGGAAAAUGAGAAGACCGUGUUGAUGUACCAGGUGGACACGCUGCGGGAGACACUUCUGGAGCUGGAGGAGCAGCUGUCUGAGACACAGAGGGAGUGUGAGGAGAACACAAAGGAGUAUGAGCGAGAACACCACGCACAUACUGUCCUUCAGUUACAGUUCAGUGAGCUGAAGAAGACGUUGAGAUACUGAAGGUAAGGGUUUCCUGUUACCAUUACGAACCGCAGGAACCACACUCAGCCACGCACUGCCACGCCUACUUGCAAACACCCCCCAUCUGAUUCACCAGAGUUCGAGCAAGCACCUGAUCCUCAUUCUCCUCAUUACUGCCCCCUUUAUAAGUUUCCCUACCCCACAUUCACACUGUGAAAUAUUGCUACUCUAUGGUGCAUACCGAGUGCUCUAGAAUUUUCUUUGUCUUCGUGGUUUCUGACUUCUGCCAGUUUUUUUUUUAGAGCUCCUCUCCCGCCUGACCCCUGGACACUCCUCACCCCCAGACUCUGCCCCGUGUUAUCGACCUUUGAACAACCUGACCUUGAAUACCUGCCUGACCCCCACUGAUUUGUUUGGUUUCACUAUUAAAACCUCUUGCAUUUAGAUCCUCUUCCUCAUGUGUGUGUGUGUUCAAUCGUUACCAUUACCAAGCCCUGACCAGCCACUGUCUGGCCAGCUUGAGCUGGAGUUCUCUACGUCGUUUGGUUUAACUGUAAAGUUGCCGACCACUGAUUCCGGGCAUUUUAAAAUGUCCUUCUGCUUAAAGAAAUAAAGGCUUUUCUUUA